AUGGCUCGCGAGAAGCGCCUCGCCCACAAGUCACCCGCCUCCCCCGCUGAGGCCAACCGCGACAUCAUCCUCUUCCAGCUGGAGUACGUCCGCAAGAAUUAUUCGACUGAACACCGUCGAUCUUUGGUGAGUCAUUCGAUGUCAGAAGGGACAUGUGUACCAGAUGGCUUCGCUACACAGAUCGUCGCCGAAGCGCAGAAGCCAAAGCGUCAGCGUGACUUGGAAAAGGCUCGCAGUAUCAUCUACAGACGUCAAAACGGCCAGUCAGUCACAUGGGCUGAGCUUGACUGGGCGAAGACAGUCUGCGCCAGGGAAGCCAAGUUAGAGCAAGCAGAGCUGGCGGAGACCACAGCGACCGAGAUGAAGAAACAGCAGUGGCAGAAGGACCAGAAGCGAAGGAUUCAGGAGACCAUCGCUGCGAAUAGAGACACUGUCUUCACUCAACGUAUGCUCAACAGGAUAUUUUUGGACGAGGGCGACAAGUCCGAUUCGGAGUCUGACAGCGACCUUGAUAGCGUCGCUACUGAUAUCUCUGCGCUCAACCCAAAUAGUACUCCGCAAGAUGAGGGUACGGAGCGUCAGAAGACUCCCACUCGUGAGCUUGGCGACGACGAGAUUGAGGUCGCUGAGGCUUCUGGGGAAAUGACUCAAAACUCUUUCUCAUCUUUAAUCUCAUCUCCAAUCUCCCGCGCCAUCGCCACCCUGAGAUAUGAGGUAGAUCCAGCGGACCGUCCGUCGUGGCUAACCGGCCUCCCAAAACCCUUCCCACAUCCCGCUUUAACCGCCCUCCAAGACAACGAAGUCACCAUCCGCUUCUGGGACAACGAGAUCGCGCGCCUAGGUAAUAUCCGCGCCUCACUCCCCCCACCUUCCGAUCAGCCCUCAAACGGAGAGUGGAUGUACCGUCACUUUGGCUCUACAAUAGAAGUCAUGAAGAAGAGUAGUAUGGGCAAAGGGAAGGAGGCUACAUCUGCGAGAGUAUUGUGGGCGUAUGUUGUUGAUGGUGAAGAAGUGGAAGUUAGGCUGGAUGAGUGUGGAGGAUUGGGCCAGGGGAAGGCAUUGAGAGAUGAGGGGGUGCUUGUGGAGCAGGAGGAGGAGGAGGAGCAGGAGGAGGACCAGAAGAUCGGUGUCGCUGCUGGCAAGAGACAGAGUGAAGUAGAUUUGGAUGAGAGGGAUGAAGAAGAGCUGGAGGAUGGUGGAGAGAAUGGCUUCAAAGCAGAGGCGCCGAGUUAUGCCAACAAGGGUAUGGCAGCUGAAGAAGACGUGAUGGAUUUCGAACAGCUCGGUGAAGAUAUCUUUGAUGAAGAUGUUUGGGCCAGAAUCAUUGAUGUUGACGACGAAUAG